AAUCACGUGGCGCUCGCUUUGCUCCGUCCCCAGCUGGGUGGUCACGUGGGGCUCACUGAUGACGCGAGGCCGUGGAGAGUGGUCCAUGUUGUUUCGGUGAUGUGGUCCUUAGUGCCAAUAAUCGCGGCUGGAGAAGAGCCCUACCGUUUGUUAGCUGGUGUAGAUUACGUUGUUGGUCGAAAGAACUGUGUAAUCCUUCUACAUGAUGAUCAAUCCAUUAGUCGAUCGCAUGCUGCACUUUCAGUUAGCCACCCUGCUGCAAAUCUGACUCAAGCUGGCAGGAACUCUGUACUGACAUUAAAAGAUACUUCAAAAUAUGGAACCUUUGUAAAUGAGGAGCGUUUACAGAAUGACAGCCCAAGGAUCUUGCAGCCAGGAGAAUUGAUCACAUUUGGAGUUUUCCAAAGCAAAUUCAGAGUAGAAUAUGAACCCCUGAUUGUAUGCUCUUCCUGUUUGGAUGGGCCAGGAAAAAUCAUGUUAAACAGGUCCGUUCAACAACUUGGAGGUCAUCUUAGCAACAAUUGGACAGAAGCUAACACUCACCUUGUCAUGUCAUCAGUCAAGAUCACUGUGAAGACCAUAUGUGCAAUGAUUUGUUGUCGACCCAUUGUAAAACCAGAAUUUUUUGUAAGUCUUACCGAGGCAAUCCGGAAUAGACAACGCUUUCCCAGCCCAGAAAGUUUUACUCCACCUAUCGAUGAACCUAGUAUCAGACCUGGCGAGCUGGAUAUCUCAAUAAAACCUGAAAGAAAAUCGAUUUUUAGAGGCAAAACAUUCUUCCUUUUGAAUGGAAAGCAGCACAAGAGGCUGAAUUCUGCUCUCACUCUUGGUGGAGGGGCUGUUCAACUUUUUGAGAAUUGUACCUCAAAUGUGUCAUUCCUUGAAGUACCAGGAAGCUGUGUCAUUGAUGUUGGCAUGUCAGAUUCUCAAACUAUGUCAAGUUCAGCAGAAAAAUGGAUUGAAUCAGUGAUGAAAAUUUUACAACGAAAGGGACUGCGUGCUAUACCUGAGGCAGAAAUUGGUUUAGCAGUUCUUCACAACUCAACAGAUGUUUAUUGUAAUCCCCACCAAAAGCCUGAUCAUGAAACUUGCUCCUCUUCAAGAACAACAAUUCCAGGCCCUUCGCUUUCUCAAAAUGUUGACAUGGUCGACAUGAGUGCCCCAUAUUCAGCACAAGUUACUGCAUAUGUACCAGAUACACAACCAUCACCAGAACACAGUAUAAGCUGUAGCCACCAUCAGUGGGGAGAACACCCUUGUAGUCUCAAUUCUACAGAGACAUUGUCAGGAAUGAACACAAAUAGCACACAAGUGAUAAAAGAAACACCUGAAAAGGAAAGCAAAGUGGUAAUAUCACAGGAUAUUUCAGUGGCAAAGGAAACUUCCAGCAUGAGACCGUUUCUUCCAGCAGAUGAAGGACUGAAAUUUAAGAACAAAGUAGAAAGACAAACAUUUGCCACUGUUGAUAAAAAAUCAUCCACGGCAGCAAGGCACAAAAACGUUGAAAAGAAAGGCGACAUCUGUUCACAAAAGCAAUCCCUCUCGCUGCAUGACUUCUUUCAGCCAGUGGGAAGAAAAAGGGAAAGAGAGGAGACUGGAUCAUCCCAGGCUAAAUUUGCAAGAGCAGAGGAGCCAAAUCUACCAACUGAUCAUGAACUGUAUACCAACGAUCCUUCAUUGGAAAAGAGAGACUCCAAGUUCGCUGGCCAGAGGACCAAGCCUGAACAUUUUUCUGCAAACCAUGAAACUGAAGCCUUUGCUAAGAGUUUAAAAGAAAGACCUGGAGGAGUUGGUAAAAUAGAAACAUCCAGCAAUCUGGCCCCUGAGAAAACUGAGUUUGUUCACGAAAAGGCAAAACAAAAAAGAAUAGACCCAGAAGAUGAAAAUGUGAAAGAUGACAUAAUGCUUUCCAGGGAUGAGCAGCUGGGAGCGAAUAAGAGGAGAAAGGUAGAACAUGAGGGUUUAUCUUUCAAGGAAGAAGAUGAAGUUUUAGCAGAAGGUGGAAUUAAAGCAUCUACAUCACGAAUAAAACAGAAAUCUGAAAUUAAGCACGAAUUACCUGCAUCUCUUGAUAAGGAAUCAAAUAAUUAUUUGGAAUUACUUCGUGAAUCUGAAAAUAAUGAGGCUCUUCCAAGUAGACUUCUGUUAACUGUGUUCAAGUCACUCGUUGUUAGCCAGCCUGGAAGAGGGACAAUACCUUCCUCAAAUGCAGAGAACAGCCAAUUGAAGAACUUUAAGAAAUUUAAAAAGGUUUUGUACCCUGGGGCAGAAGAACUUCCUAAAAUUAUUGGGGGCACAGAUCUAAAGGCUUACCAAACCAAAAAGAACUCAGAAAUGGAAGAAUGGUUAAGACAAGAAGUGGAGGAGCAAAGCCAGCAAGCUAAAGAAGAUAAUCUUGCUGAUGACUUGUUCAGAUAUGACCCAAAAUCUGUCAAAAGAAGAAGAUGAAAUGAAGAAACUAAACAUCACUGGCAGCAAUAAUCCAACUCUCUCGUACUUGAGCCACAAAAAACUAUUGCAUGUAGCUAAAGAUGAUACCUGGAAGUCAUGUGUAUUUUCUUUUGAAAUGUUUAGCAAUUUACUUUUAGCUUGUGCUCUUUACUAAUUUUAAAAGGCAGUCUUUUUCUGAGUUGUUAUUGAUUUUCUGUUGACCAUAUGGCAAACAGCACUGAGCUUUGAGAGGAAUUAGGAAGUUUUUCUGGAAAGCCAGCAAGGUGAAAAAGGACUAAUAAAUGAAUGUAUAUGUGUAAGGACAAUUGUUAGUAAAUGCAUGAAUGUAUCAUAGUUGAUUCAGAAAAAUGGUAUUAGAAAAGAUAUAUAUGAAGCAAAAAAUGAAGCUUUUUAUAUGCUAUAUACUAAAGUUCAGAAAUAUUGGUCUUUAAAACCCUAGUGAUUUUUUAUGACAAAUGUAUAAGAGUCAAGUUGGCAGUUAUAGAGUUGCACGAGUUUGUGAUUUGUCCUCUAAUAUUCUUCUUUGGACCAAAAUGUCCUGUGUCCUGCAUUGUUUAUACAAAAAAAAUGUUUUGCAGAUUAUGAGAAUUUCUUUAAUCCAAAAUUCUCUUUGUACAAUUAUUUCUUUUCACAUUCCAGUUCUAAAUGUAUUUUACUGUUCAAUAUGAAGAAUGAUGCUACAUAGGAAAAUAUUAGUAUUACUUUUAUGAAGUGCUUUAUGUUGAGAUGCCUUAAAUCAAUUCACUUUU